UCCGCCCCUCCCGCCCUGCUCCUCCGGCUGCUACGGCUGAUGCUUCCAAACAAACCCGCAGAGCGCCCGGUGUGCGGUACCGGAUCAAGCGACGGUCUACCAGCUGCCGACACGACCGAGGAACGACAGCCGACAUCCGUGAGCUCAGCAAGCGCCGACACCGUCGAGGUUUCCCGGCUAAUGUGACCGACCAGAGGAGCUAACGGUACCCGGAAUUAGCCGUCAAUGAGGGCGGAGAACUUUACGGUAACUGUAAGGUUGUUGCCUGUUAUUUGACUUUUGGGGUGUAACGGUCGGCUGGCGUCCAGCAGAAGGAGACGCCCUCCAUCCUUCGCAGGGACACAAAGCUCUCAGGUUAAGACUCUUUAACCAGGAAACCGGCUGGAUCCAUGAAGCCGUGGUGAGUGUACCUGUGUAACCUGGUCCAGCUCUCAGAGCUCAGGGGCUGUGUAAGACCUGACCUAGGAUCUGGCUGUGGCCUCAUAAUAAUCCUCUAAAGAGCAUUAGCAGGCUAAUUUUGGCCCUGGACUGUGACAGACAGUGAAAAAAGACUUCACCACAAGUUGCUCACCAUGAUGCAGAUAUCUGAAUCCUACAACCAGAAGAACUCGCUCUUCAACGCCAUGAACCGCUUCAUCGGCGCCGUCAACAACAUGGACCAGACGGUGAUGGUGCCCAGCCUGCUGCGAGACGUCCCGCUGGAUGACACGGAGGAUGUGAAGGCGGUGGGGACCGCUGACGGCACCGCCGCCACCAACGGCGGCACCUACUUCCACCAGGACGCCGACAUGUACAGCUCGUACGUGCUGCUCAAGUCAAUCCGUAACGACAUCGAGUGGGGCGUCCUGCAGGGCGACGAGCGGCAGAAGGAGAAGGUUGAUUUGACGGAGGUGUCGCGGCCGGGGGCGGUGGAGGAUGACCUGCAGAAGGAGUUUCACUUCCACCUGGACGGACUCCACACGGUUCUGUCCAAACUGACGCACAAGGCCAACACGCUCACGACCCGCUACAAGGAGGAGAUCGGCUGCAGGAACUGACCGCGGGUCAUCCCUUCGGAGAGACGAUAAUCAGCCGGACAGGUGUUUCAGACAUGUUUCAGCUCAUUAACUACUAUCAGACACAGCUUUAAGUCCUGUAUCUUUUCUGUUGGGAAGCAGAAAUGUGAUGACGUCAUGAAAUAGUCUACAAUCGGUCAGAUUUUGAAUGAAGUCUGGGACUGUGAGAUCAGAAAAAGAUGAAAUCUGAUCAGACGUUUGAUGCCAGCAGCUUUCAAGAAUAUCCAGACAUGUUUCAGAGGGAAGUUUGAAGUCUUAAUCCUUUUCCCUGUGUCCAUGUUUAACUUUGAUAACAGCGCUGUUCCGCUGGCCAGCUGCUAAAUAUUAAAUAUCAACGUGUCCUUGAACACACGACCCAGUCAGUCCCCGCUCUCAGCGAGAGUGGAAACCCAAAAGCAGCGUAGACUAAACUUUGGCUUUUAUUUUCAAGACUCUGGAACUGAUUUUCCUAGAAGUGGAAUGAAGGAGGGGAGUCGUUGAGCUGUGGGAUGGUUUGGAAAGUGGUCGUCCUGGAGAGGGUCUGCAGUUAAUGAGCUGAAACACACAGAAACACGGGUGAGGUUUCUGUUCCUCGCAGAGGGACUGAGGGAUGCUGAGCUCAGACAGAUAGCAGGAACACGUCGAAGAAGCUGGCCUGUCCUGGACCUGUUCCCACUCUGUGCUCACUCUGCUUGGUUGUUUUUCUUCCGACUGUCUGCACUUUGUUUUCAGGGUUUAUCUCUGCCGUCUUUUCGUUCGUCUCCUGACGUCGUUCAUUUCUCGCCGUGAGGUCAGAACUAUGCAAACACACUGAGAGCGAGACUCAAGCCUCCGGCAGCAGUUGGUUUAAUAUCUGUGUGUGAGAGCAGAAUAUGCAGCUAAAGGCUUCACGUGUUUGUUGUUAAAGCAGCUGAGAACUGAUGGCGCUUUCUAAUCAGUACGGUUCUGGUGGCCAGUCGCAGGUUUGUUUCCACACGUGUGAUGCUAAUCCGCGGGGAUCUGGGAUGCUGGGAUCAGUAUCAGCACUGAUUCAGACCAUAAAUCAUUAAAUUGGUCAAGUGUCAGCCAGACGUCAUCAGCUCACAUGAAUUCCUCUUUAAUUUCAAUCCGGAGGAAUAAAAACAGCAGCUUUAAUAAGACUGAGCUUCGUGGUCGAUGACAUUUCUGUAAGACGCUGUUUGGUGUGUGAAAAAUAUUAUAUAUGAGAAUAAUCAUGUUGCGUCCACAGAGCUAUGCAUUUUUCUAUUUAAUGUCCAGCUUGGCAAUUAAAGGUUUUGAUGAGUA